AUGGCGUCGUCCACUCGUUUCUCAUUCCAGUCACUCGCCACAGUUCUGCUUUCUUUGUAUCUAAUUUUUGUCCCGCAUGUCGACUCCCUGGCUAGCACAGACACCAUCACAUGGGGUGGCUCCAACGACCGAAGCGGCUACCAGAAUAAUCACAACAUGGACCCAGCUGUGGUUGGAAGUUCUCAAUUCGGGCUCCUAUUCAAGGCCCGGUUGCCGGGAACAUACCCCAUCAAUGGUCAGAACGUCCCCGAACAGCUAUUCUCUCAGCCGCUUGUGUACACUGGCUCCGACGGUGUCCAGUAUGUGUAUGUUGCCACGACCCAGAAUAAUGUGUACAAAGUCGCGGCAAAGACGGGCGUAAUUGUCGCUUCCCGGAACCUGCAUCGGCCAUUCUUGGUCAACGAUCUGGACGGAUGUGUUGAUAUCAACCCAACCGUCGGUGUAACGGCUACUGGCGUUAUCGACCCAGAGACGGACACAUGGUACUUCACAUCCAAGACUUAUAUCGAUCAGAGUCUUACUGGGACAAACGGCCGCCCCAAUGGCCGAUACUACGUCCAUGCCAUCAGUACUGUGGAUCUCAGUGAGAGACCCAAUUUCCCUCUCAACCUUGAGGGUAUGGUGGCUCGCAACAAUCCAGUGCGAUCGUUCAACGGCGGCAUCCAUCACCAACGUCCCGCUCUGCUCCACACUGGCGAUUAUGUCUACGCUGGCUUCGCGAGUCAUUGCGUGCUGUACAACUUUACUGGCUGGAUCGUGGGCUGGCACAAGGGCACUGGACAGAUCGUGGAGAGAUUCGCGACUGAAGGUGCCGGCGUCGGGCCCACUGUCCCUGGUGCAGGCGUGUGGAUGUCGGGAGGUGGCCUCGCGAGCGACGACAAGGGCUCGAUGUUCUUCGCUUCUGGAAAUGGCUAUGCUUCUCAGCUCGGUGGCGUCCCAGUCAAUGGACGAAACCCACCUACCUCUCUCGAGGAAGCCGCAGUUCACAUGGCAAUCAACGAAGACGGCUCUUUGAAUGUCGUCGACUUCUUCAUGCCCUGGGAGAAGACCCAACUGGACGGUGCUGAUAAAGAUCUUGGUACGUCGCCGCUGGAGAUUCUUCCGAGCCAAUUCUCUUGUGGAGAUAUCAAACGCAUCGGAGUGGUUACCGGCAAGAGUGGGAAGACCUACUGGCUCAACCUCGACAACCUUGGCGGUUACCAAAAUGGCCCAAAUAAACUCGAUAACGUCGUUCAGGUCUAUCAGAACGAGAACUCGGUCUACGCUGGUGCCGGCGUAUACCCUCUCGAAGGUGGAUACAUCUAUAUCAACGUCAUCCAGUAUCAGACACAUGUGUUCAAGUUCUCCUGCAACGACGGCGUUCCUUACUUCAACAAGGUGGCGGACUCUCCCGAGAAGAAUGCGUACGUUCUCGGUGUCGGUCAUGGCACAGUAACCUCGCUCAACGAUCGGCCUGGGACCGGCCUGGUGUGGACAUCCGAUGUCGAAGGCUCCAACCUACGCAUCUAUAAUGCUAUCCCGGACUCCAACGGCCUGAUGACGGAGAUCAACUCCUUUGUCACGCCCGGAACCACCAAGUUCACCAGACCUGUGUUUGGAGACGGCAUCGUGUAUCAGGGUACAACGCAAGGAUACCUGUAUGCAUAUGGUGCGCCUGUCAACUUGCCAUUAAACUGCACCUCUCUCCAGUUCGGGACAGCCAAUCUGAACACCACCACGGCACCGAUGACCAUUCAGUGCACAGCGAAUACUGCUGUUACUGUCACCGCCGCAAGUAUCUCGGGCAAUCCGAACUUUGCCAUCAGUGCUCUGCCCGGUCUCCCUCUCGUAAUUGCCAAGGGACAACGAUUCGCAUUCCAGGCGACCUUUACGCCGCAAACAGUCGGUCCCUUGUCAUCCUCUGUCAUCCUCAACACCACACAGCAAGCUGCUGGCUUCAGUAUCAAUACGCCCGUACAGCUCAAAGGUACGGGUCAAAGCCAAGCUGCUCUGUUGAUGACCUCACCGAAUACAGUCAGUUGGAACGGCGUCAUCACUGGACAGCAAGCUGGGGGUGUCAAUCAGUCCGUCAUCAUCAGCAACCUCGGCAACAGUCCUCUCAUUAUCAGCAAGAUUCAGUAUUCUGUUGUCGGUGAGACUGGGCCCUGGAUCACUCCGAAUGGUACACAAGCGGCGGCUGUCGUAUCCGCUUUCACCUUUUACAACAUGCCGUCGUCGAUACCGCCUAACAGCGCCGUUACGGUUCCGAUCAACUUCAAUCCGCCAUACUCGGCCAAUUUCGCUGCUUUCGUCAGUAUUGUGUCGAAUGGCGGCACGAAAGUCAUCGACGUGCUUGCAGCAGGGUCGGAUGAGCCAAAAGCUAUCCUUGAAUUCGAGUCACCCAACGGAGGCUGGGUGCCAUACGACAACACCACUGUGUUUAGCUUCGGCAAUGUCACGGAGAACACGAGCCGCUUUCUCAAACUCCGUCUCAGCAACAACGGGUCUGCAAAUGCCGCGCCGAUCUCAAUAACUGUCAGCAAGCCUCCAUUCGGUAUCUCAGGCAGCAUCAUCGGUGCCAACAACGCUGUCGAUCUUGCGGAAGGCACACUCGUCUAUGCUAGGCAAAACCUCACUGCCACGCUUUUCUGUUCCGUGCCGAAGAGUCAGAUCAACGUCGAUCCCUACAACGGCACGGCUCAAUGGACAAUGAAUCUCAACGAUCCCACUUUCGGAAAGCAGCACAUCCAAUUCUUCUGCAACGCCGUCUCGGAGCAAGCGUCGCCGUUGGACCCGGUCACCCAACAAGGUAUCUACCGAUAUGCAGGCUGCUUCAAGGAGAACAACCCGGGUCGACAACUCCAAACAGCCAUCUACAGUGGACCAGCUAACACAAACGAGAAGUGUAUAGGUCUGUGCUCUGCUGCAGGGUACAUCUUCGCUGGCACCCAGUACGAGCAAGAGUGCUGGUGUGGCUACAAUCGGCCGCAGCAAGUCGUCGAUGAUGCCAACUGUAAUUUCGCCUGCGAUGGCAAUGUCAAUGAGGUCUGCGGCGGUAACGGUAUCGACGAGACAGGGUCUUACAUCUCCCUGUUUGGCGACAUCACCCGUUGGAACGGCAAUUCUACUGACGCACCAGGGCCAUACGUCAAUCCUGGCAAACUGGGCUUCAACAGUGUCGGAUGCUACACCGAAGGCACCAAUUCCCGUGCUCUCAAUGUUCAAACCCAAUCCAACAACACGGUGGCCGGAUGUUUGCAAGCUUGCCAAGGCUACUUGUUCUCCGGUGUCGAAUAUGGCGGUCAAUGCUUCUGCGGGAAUACGUUGGCAGCUGGAUCUGUAAGUGCGAGCGCAACAGACUGCAGCAUGACAUGCAACAACAAUCAGACUGAACUUUGUGGAGGUCCAAGCCGACUCAACAUGUACGUCUACGGGAAUGGUACACUGUCCAGCACGCCACCUUCCACGGGUGGAGGUAACGACAAUCCCACUCCCUCAACAGGCCCUACGACUCCACCAACCAUCGGCAACUUCACUUAUCAGUCAUGCUACACCGAAGUGGCUGGUCGGGCCCUCACUAGCUUCGCCCUUGCGGAUAACAGUCUAACACUCGAAACUUGUGCCAGCAACUGCGCCCAAUACCAAUACUUUGGCGUCGAGUACGGCCGUGAAUGCUACUGCGGAAAUGCCCUUACAUCAGGAAGCAUUUUGGCAACGGAUGGCCGCUGUAGCAUGGCUUGCUCUGGCAACUCAAGCUUCACCUGUGGUGGCCCCAAUGGCUUGACACUGUACCGGAACACCGAUUGGUCUGCUUCUACUCCUCCUUUACAGACACCGAAUCAGCCAUCCGGCCCAGUCAUCGUUCCUAGUGUCGGCAACUACCAGUAUGUCGACUGCCAUACUGAAGUCCCUGGGCGGGCUUUGACAGGUAAGGCUGUCGCUUCGAAGGACAUGACGGUGCCGUUCUGUGCGGGCAAUUGUACUGGCUUCACCUAUUUUGCCAUCGAGUACAGCCAAGAGUGCUACUGCGGCAACAGUCUUGCGUCUGGCUCUGUGACUGCAACAGAUGGGCGCUGCUCCAUGACCUGUGGUGGCAACUCGUCGACCAUCUGUGGCGGGCCGAAUGGGCUGUCUCUCUACCAAUAUGCUGUGCCGCCGAGUUCGAGUUCAGCCGCAGUCACAACCACCACAUCGGGUAUCGGCUCCAGCUCCUCCUUGAUCGCGUCAACGUCGACUUCGAUGUCGUUGAGGGCGAAUCCAAGCACAGCCACAAGUACCACAUCGGGUGUCAGCUCCAGUUUGUCCCUGAUCGCGUCAUCAGGUACGAUGUCGCUGAGGUCAAAUUCGAGUAUAACCACAAGUUCCACAUCGAGCGUCAACUCCAGUUCCUCAUUAGCCGCGUCCACGUCGACUUCAGUGACGACCUCUUCUGGCUUGUCCACUGCUGUGGCAGUAUCUACUUCUAGCGCCUCAUCGAGUAUCUCUCGUACUGGUAGCGCGUCCUCAUCGCCCUCGACUCUGGCCGCCCCAACUUCGUCAAGCUCCACUGUAACAACAUCGAGCGCCUCGGCAAUGACCUCACCGGCUAGCUCUACUUCCAGGUCCUCGUCAGGCACAAGCACAACGUCCAGUCCUGGGCCUGGGACAACUGGUGCAACCUCUACGUCAGCUACUAGCCUCACCACUUCGUCAGGCCCUACUAUUUCCACCACUCGGUCAUCAUCAGGAAGCACCAGCACAACUUCAACUUCAGUCUCUACCGUCGGCUCUUCGACAUCUUCAAUUGGGACACUCAGCAUCAGUACGAGCACUGCCCCAGCAAGUACUCUAUCACCAACCAGCACGUUGUCGACAAGCAGCAACGGCUUCAGCACCAGCUUCAUCCCUGCUCAGUCAUCGAGUGGCAGUACGGUCCUUCCAAGCACAAGCACGAGCCCAAGCACAACCUCGGCGACUACGACAAACCGUCUUACCAGCUCCACCUCUUUCCCGACGACAUUCUCCACCCGUCUCUCUAGCACUCUCUCCACCACCACCACGAGCAGCACCACCACUUCGUCCACCGCCUUCCCGCAACCCAACCCGUACUUCCCAGCCGUAUACCUCGGCUGCGCCGCCGAAGCCACCCAAGGCCGCCUCCUCUCCGCCGCGUCCACCACAUCCCCUGGAAUGACCAUCGCGAUGUGCAUCUCCUUCUGCAGCGCGCGCAACCUCCCCCUCGCAGGGCUGGAGUACAGCCAAGAAUGCUACUGCGGUCUAGCCACCCCCCUCGCGCCGACCACGGUAUUUGACGCGACGGGCUGCACGAUGCCCUGCCCAGGCGAUACGCAGAGCACAUGCGGCGGACGCAGCCGGCUGAGCGUGUACAACAACACCUCUUUGUCGCCACCGGCCGCCAACCCGGUCCUGCCCGGAGGGUACUCUUACCAGGGGUGCUUCACGGACAGUUCGGCCUCGCGGCGCACACUUGGCGGCGGGUACGCAUCUGCAAACGCCACGGGGAUGACGCAGGAAAUGUGCGCCUCGACGUGCCUGUCCAAGGGAUACAAGUUCGCGGGCGUCGAGUUUGGCAAGGAGUGUUACUGCGCGAACGUCCUGAGUGGAGGAGGAGGAGGAGGAGGGGGCAAGGCCGCGGUUCCGGCGCCGGAGGCGGAGUGUAAUAUGCUUUGUGCGGGCGAUGCGCGUGAGUUCUGCGGUGGCAGUGCGAGGAUCGGCGUGUGGAUGAACAGUGCGUGA